UAGCAGUCGAACUAGAAGGAACAGUAGUGACUUUAAGGGUAGCAGCAGAGACGCCAGAGAUAGACGUGCUAGAACGAUAAGACCGAGACACGCCACGACAAGAUGGGACCACUAGACGCUUCCGUAUCGACCACGAGAAAAAACCACAGGCGGACAAUGACCGGGUUCACGCCAACGGAGAUCAAGAACAUUGAUGCCGCAAUUCCGAUGAAGUGCCGGAACGCAUGGGCAAGCCACGGGGUGAAGGCCUUCAACACGGCAGAUGAGUUGGAGACAAGGUUCAUUAACCACGUGGAGACGACCCUUGCGAGAUCAAUGUACAACUGCGACGACUUGGCAGCAUACCAGGCGCUUUCGAGCUCACUCCGGGACAAGUUGAUUUUGCAAUGGAACAAGACACAGCAAUUGUACACGAUCCGGGAGAGCAAACGGCUUUACUACUUGUCGUUGGAAUUCCUAAUGGGCCGGGCGUUAGACAACGCCAUGAUCAAUCUCGACCUGAAGGAUGUGUGCAACAAGAGUGUCGACGAGUUGGGUUUCAAUCUUGAGGACAUCAUUGAGGUCGAGCCGGACGCUGGUUUGGGAAACGGUGGUUUGGGCCGUUUGGCAGCGUGCUUUGUAGACUCUCUAGCGACGUGCAAUUACCCUGGCUGGGGGUACGGCUUGCGCUACAACUACGGCAUCUUUGCGCAGAAGAUCAUCAAUGGCUACCAGAUUGAAGCACCGGACUACUGGUUGAAGUUCGGAAACCCAUGGGAGAUCCCGAGACUCGAGAUCCAAAUUCCGGUCGACUUCUACGGCUCAGUCAAUACCGUCACCGACCCGAAAACUGGCAAGGAGAAGAAGCAGUGGUCCGGCAACGAGCGAGUCUUGGCAAUUGCCUACGACUUCCCCAUUCCAGGUUUCCGAACCAACAACGUCAAUAACUUGCGGUUGUGGUCUUCCCAGCCCACCGCGGAGUUUGACUUCCAGAAGUUCAAUGAGGGGGACUAUGACGACUCUGUUGCCGAGCAGCAGAGGGCAGAAUCCAUCACCGCUGUCUUAUACCCUAACGACAAUUUCUACCAGGGCAAGGAGUUGCGUUUGAAGCAGCAAUACUUCUGGGUGGCAGCCAGUUUGCAUGACAUAGUGAGACGGUUCCUGAAGACAAACAAGGCGUGGUCCGAGUUUCCAGACCAGGUCGCCAUCCAGUUGAACGACACCCACCCAACCAUGGCUAUUGUUGAAUUACAGAGAAUCUUGGUCGACAUUGAGGGAGUUGAGUGGAACGAGGCUUGGGACAUCGUCACCAGGACGUUCAGCUACACCAAUCACACAGUCAUGCAGGAAGCCUUGGAAAAAUGGCCGGUUGACUUGCUUGGCAAUCUCUUGCCAAGACAUCUUGAAAUCAUCUAUGACAUCAACUUGUUUUUCCUUCAGAAGGUUGAGAAGCAGUUCCCUGCCGACAGGGGCUUGCUAAGUAGAGUCUCCAUAGUGGAAGAGUCUAACCCAAAGAACUUGAGAAUGGCCUACUUAGCUAUCAUCGGGUCACACAAGGUCAACGGUGUGGCAGAAUUACACUCGGAGCUUAUUAGAAAGACCAUCUUCAAAGAUUUUGUCAAUAUCUACGGUGCCCAAAAGUUCAUCAACGUCACCAACGGUAUCACCUUCAGGAGAUGGUUGAGACAGGCAAACCCAGAUUUGAGUAGUUUGAUCAGUAAAAAACUAGGCUCUGAUGAGUUCUUGACCUCUCCAGUUCAGUUGAAGAAGCUUGAAGCAUUUGCUGACGAUAAAGCAUUUCUUGCCGAAUGGGACGGCGUCAAAUUAAAGAACAAGAAGAGAUUGGCCGCACUUAUCAAAAAGCUCACAAAUGUUGAUGUCAAUCCUUCCAAUAUGUUUGAUGUUCAGGUCAAACGUAUCCACGAAUAUAAACGGCAACAAAUGAACAUCUUCGGUAUCAUCUGGCGUUAUCUUCAAAUCAAGCAGACUCCGGCAGAAAAGCGCAACAAGUGGUUGUCUAAAGUUUGCAUCAUUGGUGGUAAGGCAGCUCCUGGCUACUACGCCGCAAAGAAAAUUAUCAAGCUUAUAAACGCUGUUGGAGAAGCUGUCAAUAAUGAUCCGGAUGUUGGGGAUUUGUUGAAGGUCGUUUUCAUACCUGAUUAUAACGUCUCAAAGGCAGAAGUCAUCUGUCCAGCAAGUGAUAUCUCAGAGCAUAUAUCCACCGCCGGCACCGAAGCCUCCGGUACAUCGAACAUGAAGUUUGUUCUCAAUGGAGGCUUAAUUCUCGGCACUGUUGACGGUGCUAAUGUUGAAAUCACCAGAGAGGUUGGCGAGGACCAAAUCUUCUUGUUCGGCAACCUCGCCGAGGACGUCGAAGACUUGCGUUACGAUCAUCAUCUGGGAAGAAUUGACAUUCCAGAUGCUCUUAAGCUUGUCUUUUCCGAGUUGGAGAAGGGCACUUUCGGUAAUUAUGAUGAGUAUCGUGAGUUGGUUGACUCAGUCAGGGUCCACGGUGACCACUAUUUGGUUUCUGAUGAUUUUGAAAGCUAUCUCGAGGCACAGAGCACCAUUGAUGCAGAGUUCAUCAACCGUGACAACUGGCUCAAGAAGAGUGUCUUGUGUGUUGCCAACAUGGGCUUCUUCUCUUCCGACCGUUGUAUCGAAGAAUAUUCAGAGAAUAUUUGGAACAUUGAACCUAUUGGGGAGCAAGUUUGACAUACGCUGUCAAACACUUUCAUGGGGGGACUCAGUUAUGUACCGUUUCCCCAAUAUAGUGUACUUUCUUUUUGUCUUUCGUUAAACUUUAUUUUCAUAAUUCUAUAGUUGAUUACAUGUUUCUUAUUAUACAGUCGAUGGAGGGUUACUAGUAAAGAGUUUGGUGUGGGCGAGCAAGCGCCUAGG